CACUUUCGAGAUGAUCGCCCUUCAGAGAGAGGCGCGUGCGUCUAGGAUUGGGACUGCUGCACGCAGUUCUCAAUUAGCUUACGGAGAGGAGCGCCGUGACGUCACACUGCCCCCACCAGAGCCAGCAGUUCCGGCUUACGUACUACCUCCUCUUCCUCCCCUGACCAUCGAUCUGGCUCACAUCAGGGGAGCGCGUAGACGGCAGCCUAGAGCCGCCCCGCCUCGCGAGCGCCCGGCAGACCCUAUCCCCCCACCGGUCUACUUCCACUUCGAUCCUACAGCCACUACAGACAGACGGGGGGAGUAUUAUGGCCCGACUCAGUACUACGGUUCCACUUCCACUCCAGCAUCACAGCCUCCGUGGCAUCAGACCUAUUUCCCACAGGGACCCCAGGUAUCAUCGUAUCAGGUCCCGCCUUCGUCGAUGCCGUUUUUUGAGCCGUCGUACGGACAGACAGCAUAUACCACUUCUCUGGGCACACCACCGGCGUCUCAGUUCCAGCAGGCCACACCACCGGCGUCUCAGUUCCGGCAGACCACACCACCGGCGUCUCCGUUUCAGCAGACCACACCACCGCCGUUUGCUGCAUCAGAUCAGUAUUACCGUCCAGCGCCAUAUACAGAUGCUCAACCGUUCACGUCUUUCGAUCAGUGUUACCGUCCCACGAUGCCUUCGGAUGAGCAGCCGUCGACGUCACAUUCGCGGCCAUCUUCUUCUCACCAGGCCCAGGAUCCAUCACAACUACAUUUUACACUGUCAGAGUCAUGGUUAUUCGGUCCGGAGAUCGGUUCAGAGGCGUACGAGGAGCUUUUAUCACGACCGGAUCUCACACCUCCAUCUUUUAGACUUCUACCGCCCACACAGGAGGAGACCGGUACUGCACCACCAGCAGCAGACGUUCAGCAUUCAGCUCAGGACGAAGACGCCUCCGAUAGCGGCGAGAGUCCUCCGGUACCCAGACAGUUUCACUCGAUCACAGACAGCUCGCGGCACCGACGAGAGACUCACGGUUUGAGGGUACAGAGACCGAGGACUCGUAGAUAUGAGGAUUAGAUUUCAUAUUUUUCUUUAUUUAUCGAUUUUUGUAUUUUAGUAUAUGUUGUAUGUUUACUAUAUAAUGUAUAUUAUAUUCGUGUGUUAUAAUUGUUAUAAUUUUUCCGUCGUCUCUUAGAGGACAAGAAUCCAUUCGGAAACUCAAAAUCAGUUUGUUGUUCUGUAAUGAGAGUGAAUGAGGUGUGUUUAUUUUAGAGACUAAGUUAUAUAUGCAAAACCAAGGCUCAGAGAUACAAAUUAAGUGACCUA